GCGGCGGCGGCGAGGAGCUGUGCCUUCCACCUCUCCAGCCCCGGCAGGACGGGGGCGGCCGCCGCGGGCCCGGGGCGGGGACAGCACGCAGCCUCGCCGCGCACACCCCCGCCCGGCAGCGGGCCCGACACCCGGGGCGAGCGGGAAAGCGGCGGCGGCGGCGGCGGCGGCGGGGGAAGGAUGCAGGGGAAGAAGCCGGGCGGCUCGUCGGGCGGCGGCCGGAGCGGCGAGCUGCAGGGGGACGAGGCGCAGAGGAACAAGAAGAAGAAAAAGAAGGUGUCCUGCUUCUCCAACAUCAAGAUCUUCCUGGUGUCCGAGUGCGCCCUGAUGCUGGCGCAGGGCACGGUGGGCGCCUACCUGGUGAGCGUCCUGACCACCCUGGAGCGGAGGUUCAACCUGCAGAGCGCCGACGUGGGCGUGAUCGCCAGCAGCUUCGAGAUCGGGAACCUGGCGCUCAUCCUCUUCGUGAGCUACUUCGGGGCGCGCGGGCACCGGCCCCGCCUCAUCGGCUGCGGCGGCAUCGUCAUGGCCCUGGGAGCAUUGCUGUCGGCGCUGCCUGAGUUCCUGACCCACCAGUACAAGUACGAGGCGGGCGAGAUCCGCUGGGGCGCCGAGGGCCGCGACGUCUGCGCCGCCAACGGCUCGGGCGGCGACCAGGGCCCCGACCCGGACCUCAUCUGCCGCAGCCGGACCGCCACCAACAUGAUGUACUUGCUGCUCAUUGGGGCCCAGGUGCUCCUGGGCAUCGGUGCUACCCCCGUGCAGCCCCUGGGCGUCUCCUACAUCGACGACCACGUGCGGAGGAAGGACUCCUCGCUCUACAUAGGAAUCCUGUUCACGAUGCUGGUAUUUGGACCAGCCUGUGGAUUUAUCCUGGGCUCUUUCUGUACCAAAAUCUAUGUGGAUGCAGUCUUCAUUGACACAAGUAACCUGGACAUCACCCCGGAUGACCCCCGCUGGAUCGGAGCCUGGUGGGGCGGCUUUCUGCUCUGUGGUGCCUUACUCUUCUUCUCUUCCCUCUUGAUGUUCGGGUUUCCACAGUCUCUGCCCCCGCACUCAGACCCUGCCAUGGAGAGCGAGCAGGCCAUGCUCCCCGAAAGAGAGUACGAGAGACCCAAGCCCAGCAACGGGGUCCUGAGGCACCCCCUGGAGCCGGACAGCAGCGCCUCCUGCUUUCAGCAGCUGAAAGUGAUCCCGAAGGUCACCAAGCAUCUGCUGUCCAACCCCGUGUUCACCUGCAUCAUCCUGGCCGCCUGCAUGGAGAUUGCAGUGGUGGCUGGCUUUGCCGCCUUCUUGGGGAAGUACCUAGAGCAGCAGUUUAACCUUACCACCUCUUCUGCCAACCAGCUGCUCGGGAUGACUGCAAUCCCAUGUGCCUGUCUGGGGAUCUUCUUGGGUGGUCUCCUGGUAAAGAAGCUCAGUCUUUCCGCCCUCGGGGCCAUUCGGAUGGCCAUGCUCGUCAACCUGGUGUCCACAGCUUGCUAUGUUUCCUUCCUCUUCCUGGGCUGUGACACGGGCCCUGUGGCUGGGGUUACUGUUCCCUAUGGAAACACCUCAGCGCCUGGCGUGGCCCUGGACCCCUACUCACCCUGCAAUAAAAAUUGUGAAUGCCAAACCGAUUCCUUCACUCCCGUGUGUGGGGCAGAUGGCAUCACCUACCUGUCUGCCUGCUUCGCUGGCUGCAACAGCACGAAUCUCACCGGCUGUGCGUGCCUCACGACCGUCCCGGCCGAGAACACAACUGUGGUUCCCGGAAAAUGCCCCAGUCCCGGGUGCCAGGAGGCCUUCCUCACCUUCCUGUGUGUGAUGUGUGUCUGCAGUAUGAUCGGGGCAAUGGCGCAGACACCCUCAGUCAUCAUCCUCAUCAGGACAGUCAGCCCUGAACUCAAGUCUUACGCCCUGGGAGUCCUGUUCCUCCUCCUCCGUUUGUUGGGCUUCAUCCCCCCUCCCCUCAUCUUUGGGGCCGGCAUCGACUCCACCUGCCUGUUCUGGAGCACGUUCUGCGGGGAGCAAGGCGCCUGCGUCCUGUACGACAACGUGGCCUACAGAUACCUGUACGUCAGCAUCGCCAUCGUGCUGAAGUCCUCUGCCUUCGUCCUCUACACAACCACGUGGCAGUGCCUGAGGAAAAACUAUAAACGCUACAUCAAAAACCACGAGGGCGGGCUGAGCACCAAGCCAGACAGGAUUCAGAAUAAGGAGAGCACGGGAUCGUGUGUCUGACGUACGACCUGCUGGGGCCCAGAGUCUUCUCUUUGAAGGUUCUUCGGGAUGCCGAUCGCCGCAAGCAACAGGCACAGCCAAGUUCAGGGAACAGUGGUGGCCCUUCUUGGAGGAUGGACAUUUCUGGAUAUACAUACACACACAAACCAUUUUUUUUAAAAGUCUACUAAAAAGCCCAAGUUGACAACAUUGCCAGGAUAAACACUAGUGACAUACCCCGUGCCACCCGCCCCCUCCAUGCAAGGGUGGGGGGGGUGUGCAAGUCGGAGCGGGAGCCCCCCCCUCCUCUAACUUUUGCAAUAUGGGUCACUGUGUAGACGACUCACCCAGUCUGCAUGUGGUUCAAGGCCCCAGAGUUCUCUCAGCGAUGCUAAUGGGUGAUCCGUGCUGGAGUCUGUAAUUGGCACCUCUCACCAGCUCCAUGUUCAAGACUGAGGGCCCAAGGGGGAGCCGGGCGUGGGGGGGCCAGCACCCCACCUCCCCCCACAGCACCCCCCCCCAGCCCCACAGAGUGACCUCAGGAAGCAGCGGGCCUCACCUGGCUAUGACUGACUUUGCUCAGAGCCGGUGAAACCCAGCACAGUCCAAGUCAUUUGCUUACAUUUGCCAAACAUUUUGCCAUUUAAAAAAAAAAAAAAUGCAAUGCAUAUGAAUUUCAAACUGUUGUAUGUAUAAUCCUCUAAUACUAUUUUUAACCACUUCUGAAAUCUGUGUUAACUCUUCAAGUCACUGACACAGUUCUCUAGGCUGAGUUUAUUAUGCUGGUUGCUUUUACUUUUCUCCUUUUUUUAAUGCACCAAAAAUAUAAUGUGAUUCAAGGGA